AUGUCACCCACGCACACCUCGAUACUGCAGACACCUGGCACAGCCAAUGCCGCAAGUCAGAUUAGCCAGUCAAUGUCGCCCGGCGAGGUCAGAAGGCACCCUCCUCGGCUCUUUCACGUUGAUACGAGUCGAAGCAUUGUUCCCCACACAGGCAGCCCACAUCAUGCUGCGCUUCUCCCUAAUCCUAGAGCUACGGCAGGAAGCUCUGUUGGCCCCUUUGCACAGGUCGAGCAGUUUGCUGUGCCACAGCUUCCUCGACGAAGCCCCGAAAGCAGAAGGGCGACCUUGCCGGCUUUUGCAGCGAGUCCGAAGCCUGUAGGUCCUCCGGAGUAUCCGACACUUCACGGUGGUCCGCAAUACCUACCUAUGGACUCGCCUGCUGAGGCGUACCCACAAGGACUUCCGCCUACUCCAGGGGCCUCCCACUUUCCACCCGGCUACAUACCUACUUCUGGUGCCAUGCCUCGCACGCCAGUCACACCUGGCGGCAUUGGGCCGUAUGGUGAGUAUCAGCCCCCGCCCACGCCUGGUGGCUCUUCAGUGGAAAGCAGCGGGCCAGCAGGCUACUUUUAUCAUUCGCACCCUCCCGGAACGCUGGCUCAUGGCUACCAAAUGUCACCUGCGGCGGGUUCUCCCUCGCACUACGGAAGCUUGGUGCAAGUCCCGAUUCCUCGACGCAUGUCCGCGCAAGAAGGUGGUCCCAGCAUGACUGUGUUGCACGCUCGUGAAAGCUCCCACAGCGCUCGACGCGACGGCCAUAUGAACGGCACUCGCAGCGUAGAUGUCUCGCCUCAGUCGCGAGAGGUCAUGCUCCCGACCGCAACUCAAAAUGAAGGAGAAGCAAGGUCAGACGAGCGUCGUGUCCGGGAAAGACUGCACUCCGAAAUGUCUCAUGAGAGCGUCUCCGGCAGCCACGCCACGGAUGGCGAGCCACCAAAGGCAAUAGCUGUUUCUGUUGCAAAGCGAAAGCGCUCUAGCGGAAGUGGAAAUGCUAUUGCCGCCUCGUCAAGUCCAGUGGACGCGUGGGAUGCAAAGCCCUCGGGUAGAAUUCAGAAAGAAUCCCCUUCGGUACCCAGUACCAAACCAAAGAAAGCGAGAAGAGCGUCGACGCGAGAGUCGACAGCAGGGGACAUACGUGGCAAGGCUCCAGUGCCUCAGGACGACUUGGCAGCGGCAGAGAGUCGAGAAGACCCAACGCACUCGAUGUUGGAUGAUGUCGAGUCAAAAGCCCCUGCGGAUGCGCCUCGACGUCGGCAGUCCAAGGCUGGCAAGGCAAAAUCGAUGAGCACUGAUCGUCUCAGCCCAGCUCCAGAAGAGGACGAGGCCACGCCAGACGACCACGAGUCCCGAGGUGCACACGAUGUACGGAUUGAAACCCGCGACGUUGUAAACAGCGCUCAGCAGGCGUUCCCGUCCGCACUGGAGCAGCCGGCAACCGAUGCAGCCUCAAGCGGUGACGGCACUGUCACGUUAGCAGCCGCAAGCGGUGAAGAUCGAGUUGAUGAAGAGGCCCGUACGUUAUCAAAUAGGGCCCAACUUCUCCCAGAUUCGCCAGGACCAGAAGGUGUUGCAAUGCCGCUAUCAGAGACGGCCUCUUCAGCUGUAGAAGCAGAAUCUACUGCCACGCGAGCGACUUCUGUCACUUCUCCGUCCCUCGUCAAGCCGUCAUCAUGCGAGAGCAGCACCAGUGAUCAAUCCGCAACGCGCUUUGGCCGCCCGGACUCAAACUUUCAUAAUCCUGCGCAAAGCUCGAAGGUCCGCUCUCCUGAUCUCGCCGACUCAACACCACCGGCUCCAGUUCAGAUGCCGUCGCCCAUCCAGCCCGCGGUGCCUUCGAAAGCACCACGCACUCGUUACCAGGCAAAACGGGUCUCAGUGCCAGGAGUGGUCAGGGUGCCUCUUGCAAAGCAUGAGCUUGAACGCUUUAGAUUUCGCUCCUCGAAUCCACUCAGAGCGGCCUGGCAGGAAGAGAAUAGGGGACGCAGCGAUGGCUGGGACGAGAUGUUUGAGCGAUACGCCGCUGAGGCUGAUGGGGAUGCUCAACAAUCGCGAGCGAAGGGCCCCGCGUCUAAAGACUCUCGCAGCGGCUUGCGCACGAACGCGGCUUCGGUACACGUCUUGCCGCGCAAGCCUGAUCUUAGCAGCAGUGCCUCUGGAGCGUCUGCAGUAGCUUCUCACUACAACGCAAGGCCAGACGCUGGCCUUGACGCUAGGAGAGAAAGCCCCAUUCUCCCGCUUAGGCAGUUCAACAACUGGGUGAAGAGCACAAUCAUAAGCAAGUUUGGCGCGCGGAACGGUCGCGUGCUCGAUCUUGGAGCGGGAAAGGGGGGCGACUUGCGUAAAUGGCACGCAAAGCACGUGCAAGAGGUCGUGCUCGUCGGUGAGUGUGAAAUGGAGGGAUGGAAUUCGAGCACUAAUUGCUAAGUAACACCUCUCUCCUGCAACUUCCAGACAUUGCCGCCCAAUCGAUUGAGCAGGCAAAGGCAAGAUACGAUGAGCGAAAGCAGACGUAUCACGCGGAAUUCUUUGCUUUCGAUGCGUUCGGCAGUGCGGUCUCUGAGCACAUCCCCGCAAGCAUACUUGAGCCUCUCUUCGACAAUGUCUCGCUGCAAUUUUGCAUGCACUACGCCUGGGACAAGGUGUCCAAAGUCAACCUGAUGUUGGAGAACGUGGCCAAAUACCUCAAGCCGGGCGGCAUCUUUAUCGGGACCAUUCCCGACGCUGACAGAUUGAGGUGAGAGGGACACUUCCGAUUGAUUCAUAUUACUCAAAAUUUCCAUCAAGCUUACCGCUUUCAUCCGAUCGCAAUAGGCGAGAUCUCAAAGCGCUGCCAAACGACGAAUUGUCCUUUGGCAAUGAGUACUUUCGCGUCUCAUUUGAUCCUACAGCGCCACAAAAGAAAGAGACGUGCCCUGCGUUUGGCCACAAGUAUACCUUCUGGCUCAAGGAUGCCAUCGACGAGUGCGAUGAGUAUGUCGUCGAUUUUGAGCAGUUUGAAAGGUGAGGGGCCACAUUGAAACAGCGUGCGGGAAGUGCGCGAGUCGGCUGACUAUCCAGCGUCACGCUUGCAGCCUGGCAAAUCAGAUGGGUCUUCGAUUGAUCUACCGCAAGACUUUUGAAGAGGUGUGGCUCGAGGCUGGAGAACAGAGGGACUCGGAAGCUCAUAGGCUGCUCGGCGCGAUGCGCAUUGCACAUCCAUCGACCUGCUCGAUACCCAUGCAACCUGCGCUUUGGGAAGCUGCGAGUGAGUAUCGCGCAAAAAUUUGUGCAAAAAGGCAUGCUCGAUGCAGAAGGGCCGCUCGCUUGCUGAUGAACGUAACCUUGCCGCUCGUCCACAGGUCUCUAUUUAGCCUUUGCGUUUGAAAAGGUGCCCACACCAGCAUUUGGCUGA